AUGGGUAUCUCCCGUUCCUCGCGGCACAAGCGUUCGCAUACUGGUGCCCAACGCCCCCACUACCGCAAGAAGAGAAAAUUCGAGCUCGGUCGCCAGGCUGCCAGCACCAAGCUUGGCCCCAAGCGCAUCCACACUGUCCGUGUUCGUGGCGGUAACCUCAAGUACCGCGCUCUCCGUCUCGACUCUGGUAACUUCGCAUGGGGCAGCGAGUCUGUCACAAGGAAGACCCGUAUCAUCGGUGUCGUUUACAACGCGUCCAACAAUGAGCUUGUCCGGACGAACACUCUCGUCAAGAAUGCCAUCAUCCAGGUCGAUGCGGCCCCUUUCCGCCAGUGGUACGAGGCCCACUACGCCCAACCCGUGACGAAGAAGGGUGGAAAGAAGGAUGCUGCUGCUGAGGGCGAGGAGGAGAAAAAGCAGUCCAAGCAUGUCGUGCGCAAGCUGGAGGAGCGGAAGAAGGAUGCCAAGAUCGACCCUCUGCUUGAGACGCAAUUUGCGGCGGGGCGGUUGUACGCUGCGAUCAGCAGCCGACCUGGCCAGUCGGGUCGGGCGGACGGGUACAUUCUGGAAGGCCGGGAACUCGAGUUCUACCUGAGGAAGAUCAGGACGGGCAAGCAGAAGCACGCACAUGCGGCAUAA